AUGCUAAGGGUGGAUUGCGCGACCCCCGUGGUGCAUAAUGCCUUCGUUGAGCUGACCGACGUGGGCUCUGGAAGGCCACAUACCACCCCUGUGUGCUGUGAAUGGACAGAGGCAGCCAUAGGUGGCCACAGCCUUUCUGGGCGGACCGGGACAGUGGUGCGAUUGUCCCAUCUCCACGACGACACCGGACGAGCCUUGCGGAACGAGGUGGUGGUACUUCCCCGGCUGAAACUGGCCCGUCCCAGAGCCACAGUUGUCUUUUGCCUCUGGAUAGUUGAUUCUCCCAUGGAGGUGGUGGUCACUCCCCUGAAGAUGGAGGAGUUACCCAUAGACACGGCCGUCUUUCCCCUGGAGAUGGACGUGCUGCCCACAGCCAGGGCAGUCUUGCCCUCGGUGAUGCUGGUGUUGCCCAUUGUAGCAGAGGCUGUCAGCCUAUUCUCUGUAAAGACUCUUCUGGAGAAGUACACAGCAGAGCCCAUAGACGACUCGUCUGAGGAGUUCAUUAACUUUGCUGCUAUUUUAGAGCACAUAUUGAGCCACCGCUUCAAAGGUAACAAAUCAGGCUCAGGAAGUUGGUUCAGCUCCGAUGGCCAGCGCAGCUUCUGGGAGUAUAUUCGGCUGGCGUGCAGUAAAGUGCAAAACAACUGCAUCGCCAGCAUCGAAAACAUUGAGAACAUCAGCACAUCACGAGCAAAGGGUCGUGCGUGGAUCCGAGUGGCGCUGAUGGAGAAGCGUCUGUCUGAAUAUGUAUCAACUGCUCUGAAGGACACCAGAACCACCAGGAGGUUUUAUGACGAUGGCGCCAUAAUGCUGAGAGAGGAGUCCACAGUCCUGACAGGGAUGCUCAUCGGACUAAGUGCUAUCGACUUCAGUUUCUGUCUCAAAGGGGAGGCUCUUGAUGGAAAAUUGCUCGCUGUAAUUGAUUACACUCCUUACCUGAAGUUCACUCAGAGUUACGAUUACUUGAGUGAUGAAGAGGACAGGCGCAGCGUGGACAGCAGCAACAGUGAGGAGAGCGUCCCGGAGCAUCCUUACAUCCCGCUGGUCACCGACGAGGAGAGCUGGAGCAACAAGUGCCGCAAGAUGGAGCAGCGGUUUAAGAUCGUCUACGCUCAGAAGGGUUACUUGGAAGAACUGGUGAGACUCCGAGAAUCUCAGCUAAAAAACGCAGAGGGCGACAACAAGCACCUGAGGGCGAAAGUGGACGAGCUGACGCUGCAGAGCCAAACGGAGAAGAAGGAGCUGGAGGCCAUCAUCCUGGAGCUACAGGCCCAGCUCUCCUCCUUGAUGCCCUGUGACUCGGCUCAUCUCAGUAAAGACCUGUCCAUCCCUUUGGUCAACCAGUGGUCCACAGUCGCCAACAACCAGGGCCACAACAAGCUUUUCCGCAGGAGGAGCUUCCACAGUUUGGACCAGCUCUCGUCCGACGUUAGUUUAGAUUCUCACAUAUGUGAAGGGAAACAGAACGGAGACGCUGGAUGGACCUCAGCAGGAAAAGACGACACCCCUUCCAUGUUGGGCCUGUGUGGUUCACUGGCCUCAUUACCGAGCUCCAAGUCCCUGGCGAGUCUCAAGUCCAGUGAAUGUCUGGUUAACAUCAGCACCGAGCCGAGUCCUGCCCUGUCUCCCAGCUAG